GAUAUUGGAAUCCAUGAAUGGAAACAGAGGAUCAUCAACACUUGAAGCUGCUGCAAAACAGAGAUUGAAGGUUAAGAAGGAGACGACGACUCUAUUCCCAUCAUCAUCAUCCUCCGAUGUUGCCUCUGCAGCAGCAGCAGCUGAUCAAGUGGAUGAGGUCGACGUGGCGAAUUAUGCAUUAAUGGAAGAUCAGGAUAAGAGAAAGAGAUCAUCAGGCGUGAAGAAGCCGUUAGCUGGUGGUGGGACUGCAGGGAGGUGUUGUCAAGCGGAGAGGUGUACGGCGGAUCUGACGGAGGCCAAGCUUUAUCACCGUCGUCAUAAGGUAUGUGAACUUCAUGCUAAGGCGCAGGCUGUCAUCGUCGCCGGAAUCCCACAGCGUUUCUGUCAGCAAUGCAGCAGAUUCCACGAGGUGUCAGAGUUUGACGACGCCAAAAGAAGUUGCCGGAGGAGGCUGGCCGGGCACAAUGAACGGAGGCGGAAGAGCACGGUGGAGACACAAUUACCAGAUGGAAGCUCCGGCAGCCGUGGCGGCGGCGGUGGCGGUGGCGGCGGCGGACAACAAGGAUCGGAAAACAACGGUUGUGGACAAGUGGUGGAUGAAAGAGGGAGGAUUCAGUAUCAGGAUCCUAACUCUGGAUCCAACUGCAACUACAAACACUUUCAAAUCAGAUAAACGACGUCGUCGUCUUCUUUAGCUUUCUCUCUUCUGUCAUAUCAAUUAUAAUAAUUAAUUAAUUAAUUAAUUAUUCUACCCAAUAAAUAUCAUAAUCAUAAUGAAGAAGCAUCAAGAGAGUCUAUUAUUCUAUUAUUAAUAACUGGGGAGAUUGAGUCUGAUUCAAGUAUUUCAACUCAAAUCUUAAUAUCAGUCUGAGUUUUAUUAUUUGUCAUUUCUAAUUAUAUAAUAAUAUCGUAAUUGUAACAAUAUUAUCAUUGAACGGUGAUUGGAUUUCAA